AGCACUGGGGGCAGGAAGGAGUGGCCGUGGCCUGGGGACCCUGUCGGGGAAGCUGCUUCAACGUGGGUGGACUGGUUCUUUCAGCCACGGGGCCAUUGGAGGCAGGGUGUCUGGAGCGGUCCCUGCAGGAGAUGACCGAGCGGUAUCAGCAGGAGAGGCGUGAGCGCAGGCGGCUGCACAACACUCUGGUGGAGCUGAGAGGCAACAUCCGCGUGCACUGCCGGCUCCGCCCUGUGCUGCCCUUUGAUGAUGAGUUCCGUGGUCCAGGUUCACAGAACAGCCCUGUGUCUGGAGCAGUGGCCCAUGCCGUGGAUGAUGAAACCAUCCUGGUGGAAUGCAGUCGUCCUGGUCACCCUUUGAUUAAUAAGACAUAUACCUUUGAAAGAGUCUAUGGCCCAGCAGAGUCUCAGAGAGCAGUAUUUGAAGACGUGUGCCCCCUCCUCACGUCCUUCCUAGACGGGUACAACGUGUGCAUCAUGGCCUACGGGCAGACGGGGAGCGGGAAGAGCUUCACCAUGCUGGGCCCGCGUCCCGAGCGGGACCCGGCCCUGCCGUCGGGACCCCACGGUCACCUAGGAAUCAUCCCCAGAGCUGCUGGAGAAGUGUUCAGGCUUAUUGCAGAAAACCCCUCCUGGCGCCUGGAGGUGGACGUUUCCGUAGUGGAAGUUUAUAAUAACGACAUUUUUGACCUUCUGGCCAAAGACGGCUGUGCUGUGGUGUCCAGGGCGAAGCGCCAGGUGCUGACAACCACGGAGGGAAAGAAGGAGGUCUCUGGGCUGACCCGAGAGUCUGUCCACAGUGCCGUGGAGCUGAUGACGCUCGUGGCUGCAGCUCUGCGGCUCCGGGCCAAGCAGGCCACCGCAGUGCAUGCUGAUUCGUCCAGGUCUCACCUGGUGAUCACGGUGACUUUGACUGCAGCCGCCUCCUCCCGCAGCACCGCAGACCGGCAGUCAGACCAGUCUCCCCCCGCGGAGCUCCGUGGCCCCACGCCCCAGCGGCCGGCCCCAGGGAGGAGACCAGGAGCAACCCGCACAGUCUCGUCCGUGUCCCCAAGGACCCGAGGACUCGGGCAGGGGUCCCAGGGCCCUGGCGGACAGGUGCUCUCCAAGCUGCAGCUGGUGGACCUGGCGGGUAGCGAGUGCGCCGGUGUGUCUGGAGUGACCGGAUCGGCCCUGCGGGAGACGUCGCUUAUAAACCGGAGCCUGGCGGCCCUCGCGGACGUGCUGGGGGCGCUGUCGGAGGGCAGAGGCCACAUCCCGUACCGGAACAGCACGCUCACCCACUUCCUCCAGGAUGCACUCGGAGGCGACGCCAAGCUGCAGGUGAUCGUGUGCGUGUCCCCCUGCCAGAAGCACGUGGCAGAAACACUGCAGAGCCUGGGAUUUGGGGCCCGAGCGCGGCAAGUGGAGCGGGGCUGUCCAGCCCCCAGAAAACCCAGGUGAAGGCGGUGGGCGCACCGUGGGCUUUCCUCCCUUCACGUGCU